AUGGCCGAGACAAAUGCAAACCAGCCGCUAGAAACUCAAGACGGCGCCGAAAUGAGCGCUUCCAGUGAUGAUGGAGAGCCCAAGCACGAAUAUCCUUCGGGCCUGGCAGUGGCCUUUAUCCUCAUCUCAGUCACGCUGGCUUAUUUCCUAUUCUUCCUUGAUCUUGCUGUCAUUUCCACCGCCAGUCCGUCCAUUACCUCCCAGUUCAACUCCUUGGUGGACGUCGGUUGGUAUGGUGGUGGUUACCAGCUCGGAAGUGCAGCCUUGCAGCCGUUGAGCGGCAAGAUCUACAGUCGGUUCUCUAUCAAGUGGACCUUUUUUGUCUUCUUCCUCAUCUUUGAAGUCGGAUCUGCCAUUUGCGGAGCAGCUCAGUCGUCGGCCAUGUUCAUCGCCGGCCGUGUUAUUGCGGGCAUGGGUUCUGCUGGAGUGGCCAACGGCGCAGUGACUACCAUUUCUGCCAUCCUCCCAGUGCAAAAACAGGCGCUUUUCAUGGGACUCAACAUGGGCAUGGGCCAGCUGGGCCUUGCUACGGGGCCUAUCAUUGGAGGCGCUUUUACCACGAAUGUGUCCUGGCGGUGGUGCUUUUAUAUCAACCUCCCCCUAGGCGCUGCUGUUGGCGCAUUUCUUCUCUUCAAUACAAUUCCCGAACCGAAACCAAAGGAUCCGCCUCUGCAGAUUCUUCGCUCUGUCAUCAAGGAGCUCGAUCUCAUUGGAUUCCUGCUUGUUUGCCCGGCGGUGGUGAUGUUCCUCUUGGGUCUCCAGUUUGGCGGCAACGAGUAUGCCUGGGACAGUCCGGUUGUCAUCGGCUUGAUCAUCGGCGGUGCUGCUACCUUUGCUGUGUUCCUUGUCUGGGAAUGGCGCCAGGGAGACGAUGCGAUGGUGCCACUUGCCAUGCUCAAACACCGAGUGAUUUGGUCGGCUGCAGCGACAAUGUUCUUCAGCCUGUCCAGUGUUCUUGUGGCCGAUUUCUACAUUGCCAUCUAUUUCCAGUCAAUUGGCGAUGACACGCCCCUGAUGAGUGGUGUUCAUAUGCUGCCAAUCACCCUCGGUAUUGUUCUCUUUACCAUGGUCUCGGGCACCCUAAUUUCUGUUUUGGGCUACUAUCUCCCAUUUCUUCUUGCCGGCGGUGCCAUAUCAUCGAUUGGCUACGGACUCUUAUCGAAAUUGAGCCCUACGACUCCGACUGCAACAUGGAUUGGGUAUCAAGUUCUGUACGGUGUCGGAAGCGGGUGUACAACUGCGGCACCCUACAUCGCCAUACAAAGCCUCGUGGCUCCAGAGCAGAUUUCCCUUGCCAUGGGCAUUAUCAUCUUCUGGCAAAAUAUCGGUGGUGCCACUUCUCUGAUCGCUGCCAACGCCAUUUUCGAUAACAGCCUUCGUUCAGAGCUUGAAAAACGCGCGGCGGAAAUCAGCCUCUCUCCAGACACCAUCAUCAAUGCUGGAGUCCGCUCCAUCCGUUCACUGGUGUCUGGCUCCGAACUAACAGCUGUACUCGCCGCAUACGCCAAAAGCGUCGACAAAGUCAUGUACCUGGGCAUUGCUGUCAGUCUCACCGUCAUCGUGGUUUCUCCGGGACUUGGAUGGAGGGACAUUCGGAAGGUCAAGGCCCAGGAGCUUCAGGUACUCUCUAGCAAGUCUCCUAACAGGGUCGAGAAGAUUCUGCAGUGA